CCAGUGGGAGGGGACAGCAGUAAUCCAGGUGCCAGAUGGUCCCUGUGGCAGAGCUAAGGUGGAAGGAGGGGGAGUGGAUACAUCCUCCAUAUGUUUGAAGGUAGAGCCAGCAGCAUUUGCUCAUGACUUGGAUGAGGCUUACGUAAAAAGGAGAAUCUAAGCUGGCUCAGAGGUUUUUGGUCUGAGAACCUGGAAGAAUGUACCAGGAUGGGGAAGACUGCAGAAAGAACAGGGCUCUCUCUUGUGGAGGGAAGUGGGUGGUAGUCAGGAAUUUGGUUUUGAACAGGACCUGUUCGUCCUUCUUCGGGCUAUAAAAAGGCAGAUGAUGAGAUGUCCCGGACCACGUCUGUUGGAGACCAGCUGGAGACACCAGCCCGCACCAUUUACCUCAACCAACCGCAUCUCAACAAAUUCCGUGACAACCAGAUCAGUACGGCCAAGUACAGCGUGUUGACAUUUCUACCUCGAUUCUUAUAUGAGCAGAUUAGAAGAGCUGCUAAUGCCUUCUUCCUCUUCAUUGCCUUAUUACAGCAAAUCCCAGAUGUAUCUCCAACAGGAAGAUAUACCACCCUGGUGCCAUUGAUAAUUAUUUUAACAAUUGCAGGCAUCAAAGAGAUUGUAGAAGACUUUAAGCGACAUAAGGCAGACAAUGCAGUUAACAAAAAGAAAACCAUAGUGUUAAGAAAUGGUAUGUGGCAUACCAUUAUGUGGAAAGAGGUGACAGUGGGAGACAUUGUGAAGAUCGUCAAUGGGCAGUAUCUUCCAGCAGACAUGAUCCUGCUAUCCUCCAGUGAACCUCAGGCAAUGUGUUAUGUUGAAACAGCGAAUCUAGAUGGGGAGACGAACCUUAAAAUACGCCAGGGUUUGAAUUGCACUGCUGAUAUGCAAACAAGGGAAAUAUUGAUGAAGUUAUCUGGAACUGUAGAAUGUGAAGGGCCCAACCGGCAUCUCUAUGACUUCACUGGAAACUUGAAUUUAGAUGGAAAAAGUCCUGUUUCCCUUGGGCCUGACCAGAUCUUAUUAAGAGGUACACAGCUUCGAAACACUCAGUGGGUCUUUGGCAUAGUUGUUUACACUGGACACGACACCAAACUCAUGCAGAAUUCCACCAAAGCUCCUCUCAAGAGAUCGAAUGUUGAGAAAGUGACCAAUGUGCAGAUUCUGGUGUUGUUUGGCAUCCUGUUGGUCAUGGCCUUGGUGAGCUCAGCAGGGGCCCUGUACUGGAAUGGGUCUCAAGGUGGAAGAAACUGGUACAUCAAGAAGUUGGAGACAAACUCAGAUAAUUUUGGAUAUAACUUGUUGACAUUCAUCAUCUUGUACAACAACCUUAUCCCCAUCAGUCUGCUGGUGACUCUUGAGGUUGUGAAAUACACUCAAGCCCUUUUUAUAAACUGGGACACAGAUAUGUAUUAUAUUGAAAAUGACACUCCUGCUAUGGCCAGGACGUCAAACCUUAAUGAAGAGCUUGGUCAGGUUAAAUACCUGUUUUCUGACAAAACUGGAACUCUUACAUGCAAUAUUAUGAACUUCAAGAAAUGCAGCAUUGCUGGAGUAACCUAUGGUCAUUUUCCAGAACUGAUAAGAGAGCAAUCCUCAGAUGAUUUCUGCCGGAUGUCUUGUCCGCCUAGUGAGUCAUGUGACUUUGAUGAUCCCAGGCUCUUAAAGAACAUGGAGGACCACCAUCCCACAGCUCCUUGCAUACAGGAGUUCCUCACCCUUCUGGCCGUGUGCCACACUGUUGUUCCCGAAAAGGAUGGAGACAACAUCAUCUACCAGGCCUCCUCCCCAGAUGAAGCUGCUUUGGUGAAAGGAGCUAAGAAACUGGGCUUCGUGUUCACAGGCAGGACACCGUACUCAGUCAUCAUAGAAGCCAUGGGACAGGAACAGACAUUUGGAAUCCUUAAUGUCCUGGAAUUUUCUAGUGACAGAAAGAGAAUGUCUGUGAUUGCUCGAACUCCUUCAGGACAACUCCGGCUCUAUUGUAAAGGGGCUGACAAUGUAAUUUUUAAUAGACUUUCGAAAGAUUCAAAAUACAUGGAUGAAACAUUAUGCCAUCUGGAAUAUUUUGCCACUGAAGGCUUGCGGACUCUUUGUUUGGCGUAUGCUGACCUCUCUGAGAGUGAUUAUGAGGAGUGGCUGAAAGUCUAUCAAGAAGCCAGCACUAUAUUGAAAGACAGAGCUCAGCGGCUGGAGGAGUGUUAUGAGAUCAUUGAGAAGAAUUUACUGUUACUUGGAGCCACAGCCAUAGAAGAUCGCCUUCAAGCAGGUGUUCCAGAAACCAUAGCAAAUCUGCUGAAGGCAGGAAUUAAAAUAUGGGUGCUGACAGGAGACAAACAAGAAACUGCAAUCAAUAUAGGAUAUUCCUGCCGGUUGGUAUCACAGAAUAUGGCCCUCAUCCUACUGAAGGAGGAUUCUUUGGAUGCAACAAGGGCAGCCAUUACUCAGCACUGCACGGACCUUGGAAAUUCUUUGGGCAAGGAGAACGACAUAGCCCUCAUCAUCGAUGGCCACACCCUCAAGUACGCGCUCUCCUUUGAAGUCAGGAGGAGUUUCCUAGAUUUGGCGCUCUCUUGCAAAGCUGUCAUAUGCUGCAGAGUGUCUCCUCUGCAGAAGUCUGAGAUAGUAGACGUGGUUAAGAAGCGGGUAAAGGCCAUCACCCUCGCCAUCGGGGACGGUGCCAAUGAUGUCGGGAUGAUCCAGACAGCCCAUGUGGGUGUGGGAAUCAGUGGGAAUGAAGGCAUGCAGGCGACCAACAACUCGGAUUAUGCCAUUGCACAGUUUUCCUACUUAGAGAAGCUCCUGUUGGUUCAUGGGGCCUGGAGCUACAACCGGGUGACCAAGUGCAUAUUGUACUGCUUCUACAAGAACGUGGUUCUCUACAUUAUUGAGCUUUGGUUCGCCUUUGUAAAUGGAUUUUCUGGGCAGAUUUUAUUUGAACGUUGGUGCAUCGGCUUGUACAAUGUGAUUUUCACCGCAUUACCACCCUUCACUCUGGGAAUCUUUGAGAGGUCUUGCACUCAGGAGAGCAUGCUCAGGUUUCCACAGCUCUACAAAAUUACCCAGAAUGCUGAAGGCUUCAACACAAAGGUUUUCUGGGGUCACUGCAUCAACGCCUUGGUCCACUCCCUCAUCCUCUUCUGGUUUCCCAUGAAGGCGCUGGAGCACGACACUGCGUUGGCCAACGGUCAUGCCACAGACUAUUUAUUUGUUGGAAAUAUUGUUUACACGUAUGUUGUUGUCACUGUUUGUCUGAAAGCUGGUUUGGAGACUACAGCUUGGACUAAAUUCAGUCACCUGGCUGUCUGGGGAAGCAUGCUGAUCUGGCUGGUGUUUUUUGGCAUCUACUCAACCAUCUGGCCCACCAUUCCUAUUGCUCCAGAUAUGAAAGGACAGGCAGCUAUGGUCCUGAGCUCCGCACACUUCUGGUUGGGAUUAUUUCUGGUUCCUACUGCGUGUUUGAUCGAAGACGUGGUAUGGAGAGCGGUCAAGCAUACCUGUCAUAAAACAUUGCUGGAAGAGGUACAGGAGCUGGAAACGAAGAUGGGAAAAGCAAUGCUCCGGGACAGUAAUGGAAAGAGGAUGAAUGAGCGGGACCACUUGUUAAGGAGGCUCAGCAGGAAGACGCCCCCAACUCUCUUCCGAGGAGGUUCCCUCCAGCAGAGUGUCCCACAUGGGUACGCCUUCUCUCAAGAAGAGCAUGGAGCUGUUUCUCAGGAAGAAGUUGUUCGUGCUUAUGACACCACCAAAAAGAAAUCGAAGCGGAAAUAAGACGGGAAAGUGAGGAGGAACUACGAGUCGAGUUUUCCUGAUUGAUCCUGGGGAAGAAAUGCAGUUUUUGUACCCAGUGUUAACACAUCUUUGUCAGAAGAGACUGGUGUCAGCAGCCAAAAUAUGAGAAAACACAUUUCUGUGGCCUUAGCCAACCGGUUUGUUAGUUAUAUGUUCCCUCGCAAACCUGGAGUAUAUACCGCGGGGGAAGCCAUUCUUUCCUCCCAACUUGUCUGCAGUGCUUGGCCUAACUUUUGUUUACGUUGUUAUGAAGCAUUCAGCUGUGCUCUGUGAGGUGUGAAAUUAAAAACAUUAUGUUUCAUCGAUAUUUAAACAUCAGUACUGGUUGUUCUGGGAGCGGAGAUAAAAGAGUUUUAUGUUGCGUGAGAAGCCUGUCCCGUGGCAGGGAGCCCGGACACACUUGCUUCCUGUCCUUUUACCUCACAGACAAAGUCCACAGACAGCAAUGAGACCACUUUAGGCAGGUUGCUGUCUUGCUUUGAUUCCUAUUAUGUUUGUAUGAAGUUGGCAUAAAUUUCUUGAUUACAAUGAAAUCACAAAUAUAUGGUUUCCUAUUAUAUAUAUGUAUGUUGUAACCUGAGAAUGUUGAUGUGAAACUCAGCCACAUUCCCAGUGGGGCAAACCAUCUGUGUUCCAACACCAUCUUCUGCACCCUUCCCAAGGGGUUGGCCCAGUCCACCCAGUGCCACCCAGAUCCCUCGUCCUCACACCUUCUGCAUGGCUGGCCGCUGUGCUCAGUGCAUGGCCACUGGUGGGCAACAAGCCGAGUCCGCAUCCGUCCUUUCUCUACAGCAGAUACAGAUACAGAUGCAAGAAGUCCCUUCUUCCGCCGCCCUUUUCCUUCUAUAACUAAAGGGAAGAAGCAGCUCUUCUGCAGAUGUUCUACAGUUUACCUGCCUCUUUGUGGUGACAGGGAAGCCUGCGGGUCAGGGCGCUGGUGGGGACCCUGCUAGCCAGGCUCCCAGUACGCACUUCCCAGCCUUCAGACCACUGGACUUCUAGCAUCCUCUUAACUAAGACCCCAUGCUUGUCUUCUUAGGAGCUGAGAGCACAUUUUGGAUUUUCACUGUUGGAAAAUGAAUGAAUUUAGAGCAUGUCUCCCCAGUGAAGGAACAUACUUAUCACUCUGUCGCUCUGGAACCAGAGAGAAUAUGCAAACCCAGCUGAGAGAGAGGGGGUCCCUGAGUGUGGGAAGGAGGAUGACCAUGGAAGGAGAAAGCAAAAAGCAAGGACAGAGGGAGGCGGGCAUAGAGGACACUUUCCACCAAGUCAGAGUGGAAACUCUGAAAUCAAGCCCCGAAGCCCAGACAAAUGUCCUGAUCAGCCUAAUAUGUCCAGGAGGUUAAACACGAUGUUGACAGGCAGUUUUAAUUGAAAAGAAUUCCAAACAUUUCCACAGCCUUUUUUAUAUCGACAAGGUUUCCUUCCUUAUUCAGUCAGUGUUAGAUACAGGCACCGCUCACAGUAGGAAGUACCCUGAGUCUAAGAAGAGGAAGGGAAGUCAUUGACUUUCCAAACUGCAGAGUCCCUUGUUCUAAAUUUGGACAGAACCUGGAUGCCUUCAGGCGGUCAUGUGAGCACCUGGAGCCCUUAAUAAACGACCAGCCUGGAGGCACGUUCUCUCCUCUCUGCUUUGGUUGCCAAACCAGAUUUCUGGAUAGCUUAACGUAAAUAAUUCUGGGCAGCUGUUACUGGCUGCAAUGACACAGUUCCUCUGGGAAUGGCUGUGCUAGAUUAGGAAAUAAAACAAUAGUGCACUUUGCUUCCUAACCCUUUAUUUUUAGAACAUCUACAUCUUAUUGGGCAUUGAAAUAAUUAUGAUUUGCAUCAACUAAGAAAACGAAUCCCUCACUUAAGAGGUGACCAGGGUCCAGGGCUUGAGGGGAAGCAAGGCAGUGCAAUUAACAGGUGAGGCUCAGAAAAUUGCCACUUCUUCCUCCCCAAGGUGAUGAAACAUUUAAAUACUAUAGCACCCAGCAAAGUGAAUCAUUGAAGAACUGUCAUCACAGAGGGCAGGGGAGUCUAACAAUUAACACAAACCAAGGUGUACUAGUAUGUCUUUGUUGCACACCCAAAAAGAUGAUGGUCUCAAUACAGAGGAAAAAUGAAAGUGAGAAAUGAAUGUGCAUUAGGCAUCCUGACUAUUUGGUUUCAUUUAGAACUAAGUCUGUUUGGAAAGAGGCAACUCAAACUCAAUUCUUUGUCAAACACUUAGCUCUCUCUUGAACUGAAAACCUUCUGAAUCAGAUUUGUGAAUUAGAAUGUGCGUGUGUGGUGUUUGGGGUUUUUUGGUUUUUAUUUUAUUUUUUACAUUAAAUAUAGUUCAAAUUUUCUGAGAUUUAAGUAUAUCUUCUAAUUUUCUUGAGAAGUAGACAAAUAGUCUUUGCAAUAAUGAAACAUGCUCACAGAAUACAGUAGAUGUGAUGCCUUUCUAUUUAUUCUCUUAUGCAAUUAAGCUAUCUUGUAGCCAGAUGACUAAAUUGGGUUUCUAGGAGGAGCAGCUGUCACUAUGUGUGAUGUAGAAUAUUUAGACAGGGCGACUCAGGGGCUGUGUCAUUUGUCCUAUCUUUAAAUUGAGGUCAAAGUGUCACACACAACUCCUCCCCAGGGAGCAGGGAGGACUGGACUAAGUUGCAUACACUGGCUGUCAGCUCAGUGGAAAUGCCACAUGGGACUUGUCACUCUGCCACACGGUAAGUGACAUGCAGGCUGGCAGGUCACACUCGGUCAGCACACAGGGCCUGUCUCUGGAUUGGGCUAAAGGGGCAGAACCCACGCAGGCUCAGCCUUAGUCUAGUGUUGCACGGACAGACUGCCGACUCUUGUUUGAGCCCAUGUCCCAUUCUGCUGACUCUGCAGAGGGAGACCAACAGUUCGGAGUACUAGGCUCUGGAUUCAGCUCUCCACCGGCAUGGGCAGGCAAGGGCGGCUGUGCAAACUGCACGUUGAAAGGGGAGGAGGAGAGAGCAGAAUAAACCAACCAUUUCUACUUGAUUGUUGGGAUUAGUACUUCAUUACUGAUCAGAAUGGGCUUUGGAAUAAUUGGGAGAUGUAGCUGAUGUGUCUAUCCUGUCUCUAGGCAGAAUAUUCCAGGCUUCUUGACCAGCGGUACCUUCUCUCAUCUCCCACACAGGUGCACACGUGUGUGGCCCUUUUCUGGAUCAGUACAACACACAGGACCUGUGUUUGGCUAAAGGAGGUGCUGUUUCUUUAACACUCGUGGAGUAAUAUCCUAAAACAGGAGCCUGGGUUUCAGCAGAGCAAGGCUGAGAACUCUGUUGACAUUUCCUUUUCCUUGAGAAGGCUUCAGGUCUUGCUGUAGGGAGCUGGCAGUGAAAAUCAGUAAUAACUUGUCAAGAAGCAGUGAAUAAUGAAAAAAAAAGUGAGUGUAGGUAACUAACAUCUGAAAAUGCAUAUGGAUGUAUAUAUUACAGACUUUAAGGUUGCAUUUAAAAAAAUAAAGCUAUGGUCUAUAAUCUCCAUUUGUUAUAACAAUGACCCUUUAUCUUAUUUUUUUGAAGCAUAGGAAGAGAACUUCCUAUCAGAUUCUUGUUCCUGGGGAUUUAUGUCUUAGACCAUAAGUUGAAUAGAAUGUUUGCAAUAGAACGUUGUCUUUGGUUUUGAACAUGUGAAAAAAUGGCACACAUUUCAGCCAGGGUUUGAAUUACUGCCCAGGGUCAUUGUCCCAACGUAAUUCAAGGAGUGAUUUAGCCUCAGCAUUUGAAAUGUAGCUCUCAUCUCCUGGGAACCAUAAAAAAAUGUGAAUAGGGAAACUGUGGCUAUAGUUAAGCAGAGCCUGAAGUAAUAAUUUGCAAAGAAAUAUGUUUAUCGGGUCAAGUCAAAAGGUGGCAUCCCCCCUCCUAUUCACUCAAUACUUUCUUUAUGCAAAUGAUUAAAUUGGCCAAUACAGUAGUGAUGGAGAUAGUGAGCAUACAGCCCCAUGCAAGGCGGAAGCAACAUCCACUGGCUUUGUUGCUGAGCGCUGUGUUUGUCUCAGGGUCGCCUUGAGGGAGGAUACUGAGCCUCAUUCCAGCCAUUUGUCCAUCCUGAAGGGCAAGAAGAACCAUUAGAAGGGUUUCCAUGGGUCGUAGACCCCCCCCCAUAAUGAUAUGUUUAUAAGUAUUCUCAAAAGGAAUAGACCUGUAAUACUCAACCUGAUGUUUGUACUCUUCAUGCAUUCUUUUCUCAGCACCCCAAAUUGUUCCACAGUACACAUUUCCAUUCUCCAUCACAGCAGCUUCAUCUAAUGCCAAAGCUCAUACUGGUACUCUGUUCGAAAGUCUCUCUUCAUAUUUUGGGUUGGGUGCGUUGUGAAUCGGGGUGCAGUGUUCAGUGGGAAGGAAAGGCUGCUGAACCAACAUAAAUUGAAGUGGCCAGAAGCUACAAAAAAAUGGAAGCAAAAAGGAGGGGCACGUUCACCCCUUACCUUACCCCCAGCCUGAUGCAUAGCUGCUAAGUCUGACAAACACCUCUGCUCCCCUGACUUAGGGGACACAAAAGAAUGAUUCUUUUCACACCCAGGCUGCCUCAUUUUCCAAUGACAAUCUCUUGCCCUGGUUGCCUUAGAGAUAUCUACUCUGCUUUCUCCCAGGCACCAGACCAAGAAAAACACACAAGAUUAGUCCAUCGGCAUUUCUUCUGUCCUGGCUAAAGAAAGAAAGGAGUCCUGUUCGUUUUAAAAGUCAGGAACAAACUGUCAGGUAGCUUUGAUUUAUGACAGAAAUAGGAAGAAGAAAGUUGAAGUAAUAGCACUAUCCAAAUAGUGCUGCCCAGGAAACUCAGGGGUCAAGAGAGCUUAUCAAGAGCCUUUUAUGGGCAAGCUCUCCAGUGUGGAAGGAAAGGGCCAGAACGGAGAGAGCCCAAAGAUCAGGACGUGAACCCACUUCCCCUGGGAUCGGAUUCAGUUGGGUUCCCUGAGGUAGCUUGGCAUGCAGGUGGAUCAAUAAACACCAAUACAAAAACUGCAAAGGGAAGUGUGCCCUGUCAUAGAGCCUUCCUCCUUCCAGAUAGAUCGCUGGGCAAGGAAACACAGUUCUGAUUUUUCAUUAAUAAAAUCAAUGCAAGGGUUGACACUCUCCCAUGCUGCCAGUGAUUGCUGAACUCAGGGGUGUGCUGUGCUGCCUGCCUUCAAACUUCCCUCUGAAGGGCAAUGCCAGCAGCUGCAGCCAGGCCAGCUGCAGGGGUGGUGCCCACAGGCCAGCUGCAGGGGUAUGCGGCGGCCUCCGUGGAUCCCCCUUCCUGCAGGUCACUGGGUCCCUGUUUGAAGGCAACAUCUUUGUGGUGUUUUCUCAUGCAACUGAAGCCAUGUGCUCUCCUGUCUGCUGUCACAUCUGUGCUCAGAUUGCUUAAAUAUUGUUUGUGACGGGGAGGUUUUAAUCUGGUUAUGCAGAGAGGAGUGGAGCUGUGGGGGCACGUCUAAUUGGCUCCCAGCAGAGCGGUGAGCUCUUCUGUGGAGCGUGGGGGUUUUGUUCCCUCCCUCUAGAAGUGUUACCAUUUUCACAUCCUAUUAAUGUCCUCUGGUUGUUAAAUUAUAGCAGCACAUUAUAGCGGAGCUGGGUUCCCUCCUGGAGUGAAUACAAAUGAAGGGCAUUUACUUGUAUUUUUAGAGGUUUUGGAAAAUGUAGUGAUUUGUGGCUUUGAUCAAUCCUGUUGACUGGUGUAUGUCUGCACAAACCUGUUUCAAAUAAAUCUUUUGUUAAAGUAAA